CCUUACCAAGGAGAAGGUCCAGUGUUCGGAGAAUUUUGCUGCCCUCGAUGCGGUCGUGAAUGGAAAAGUGCAAACAGCUAUGCCAAUACUGGACAAGAGUGUCUCCAAUGCCAGGAAAUUGUUUACCCUUACAAUCAAAGUCCUUUAUUUGAUCCUCACAUGUACGACGGAAGCUCAAGUGAAUCGGAAUCUGAUAAUGAGGAUCAGAGCGACACCGAAGAUGAAGCCCCACUGACCCCAUACCAAGGGAAAAGACGAGUUUUUGGAGAGUUCCGCUGUUCAUCGUGUAAUCGUUUGUGGCAAAGUGGUAACAGCUGGGCUAACGCUGGUCAGAAAUGCAAGAUGUGUGAUAUUAUGGUCUAUCCUUACAAGCAGAGACGCUUACAUAGAAGAGAUUCUGAAUCUGAUUCUCAUUCGGAUUCUGUAUCUGAUGACGAAAAUUUCAUUGACGAGUCUAAACCUCACCUGCAGCAUCUCUGCGAGAAGUGUAUGCAACUAGGAUAUUCUUGUCGAGAUGUUAUUGAUUAGAAACCAUAGUGAUGAUACUCAUUGAAAGGCAUGCUAGAGUAGAUAGAUCGAUUUUGAGUUGAAUUUUAAAGGUUAGUAAGAUAUCAUUGCUCGCUCCUUUGCUUGUUCAGUUUGUUAAAUCGAUUCUGCAGUCUUCGCACUUUCGCUCUUUGGUACUUUGACAUCUUGUACCAGACGUCCAUAGCGGUAGCGGAGUCGUCCGUUCGAAUUCGCCGACAGUAUCUCACUCGUACGUAGCCAAAGCGUACUCCUAAUUUCACCAGAUAUUGCGGCCACAGCUCUGCAAUUAGGUAGUUACAUUGAUACACUGUUCCUAAUGUAUAUUCAGAGAACAAAAUUCCAUAAAUAAGAUACAGUGAAACCCCUCUAUACCGGACCCUCAGUAUACCGGAAUUCUCUCUAAACCGGACAAAAGUUUUGGUCCGGAAAUUUUUCCCAUAUAUCUUUUGUAAAAUAAACCUCAGUAAACCGGAACCUCUCUAUUCCGGAAACCGGACGAUAAUUUCGGUACCAAACGCUAUUUGACAAUAGAAUUCAACCCCACUAGUCCGGAAGAACGUACACUUGUUUCGGAACUACCGUCACUAGCGUAUUUGCGGGUGUGUAAAUUGAGUCUAAGAUAAUGAAAAAAAAAAAAAAAAAAAAAAAAAAAAAAAAAAAAA